GGCGAUUCCGGGGGUCCCCUCGUGUGCCCGCUCUCCGGCCGCUGGGUCCUGGCCGGCAUCGUCUCCUGGGGGGAGGGCUGCGGCGUCCCGCAGCGCCCCGGCGUCUACACGCGCGUCAGCGCCUUCUCCGAUUGGAUCGCCGCCCGCGCGGGGGGCGUGGCCUUCGUCUCGCCGCGCCCGGCCCGCGGCGGCGCCCCCUGGCGGGCGGGAGGACUCCGCGGAGGACUCGGCGCCAUGUUCCUGGUGGCGGCCGCGGUGGGGGCGGGAACUUCUCUCACCCCUCCCCCACCCCCGGUUCCCCAUUUCCCGCCGCAGCCGAGGAUGGAGCCGGGAGCGAUCCUGGGGCUGCUGGGGGCAGCCCUGCUCUCCUCGGCGCUGGACCUGGAGACUCCGACGGUUUUCCGAGGCGACGCCGACGCCGGAUUCGGCGCCAGCGUGGCCCAGUUCGGCACCAGUGACGACGGCUGGAUCCUGGUGGGAGCCCCCCUGGAGCGCAGCGGCGGCGCCGACGACACCGGCGCCGUUCACCGCUGCCGCUUCCGCUCCGGAACGUGCCAGAAGCUCCCGGUCACCGGGCCCCCCGGAGCCGUCAAUUCCUCGCUGGGGUUGGCGUUGGCGGCCGGAGACGACGCGGCGCUGGUGUGCGGCCCCACGUCCCCCCAGGUGUGCGGGGUCAACGUCCACCUCAACGGCUUCUGCGUCCAGCUGGACUCGGCCCUGCAGAGGCUCCGGACGCUCCCGGAGACGUUCCCAGAGUGUCCCAAGAGCUCGAUGGACAUCGCGUUCCUGAUGGACGGCUCCGGCAGCAUCGCGCCCGGCGACUUCCUCACCAUGAAGAGCUUCAUCGGCCAGGUGAUGCGGCGCUUCCGCGACGCCGACGCCCAGUUCUCCCUCACCCAAUUCUCCCACCGCACCCUCGUCCACUUCGACUUCGGCACCUUCCGGAAGCUUCCGGACCCCGAUCUUCUCCUGCGCGACGUCAGCCAGCUCCGCGGCUCCACCUUCACGGCCACGGCCAUCCUCACCGUGCUGCGGGAGAUGUUCUCGGCCCGCCGCGGCGCCCGCGCCGGCGCCCGCCGCAUCCUGGUGGUGGUGACGGACGGGGAGAAGAUGGGCGACAGCCUGGAGUACUCGGACGUCGUGCCGCUGGCCGAGCGCAUGGCGGUCACUCGCUACGCCAUCGGGGUGGGCCGGGAUUUCCAGAGCGACCGCGCCCAGGCCGAGCUCCGCGCCAUCGCCUCCGGCCCCGCCCACGUUUUCCGCGUCGACAACUUCCAGGCGCUGGCCGACAUCGAGAGCCAGCUGCGGGAGAAGAUCUUCGCCAUCGAGGGUACCAGCUCCGCCCACAGCAGCUCCUUCCAGCUGGAGAUGGCGCAGGAGGGCUUCAGCGCCGCCAUGGCCGCCGGCGUGGCCGCGCUGGGCGCCGUGGGAGCCUUCGAUUGGUCGGGAGGAGCCUUCGUCUACGGCGGGGGCGGGGCAACGCCCACCUUCGUCAACGCCUCGGGGUCACCCGGGGGUCACACCUGGGCGCACCUGGAGGACAUCGGGGACAUGAGGGACGCGUACCUGGGUUACUCGGCCGUCCCCGUGCCCCUGGCUCACACCUGGGGCCUGGCUCUGGGCGCCCCGCGCUUCGCUCACCUGGGCCGGGUGCUGGUGCUGCGGCCCGGACGCACCUGGACGCUGCUGGCCCAGGCCACGGGGCCGCAGGUGGGCUCCUAUUUCGGGGCGUCCCUGCUGGCCCUGCAGCCCCGCCCAGGUGAGCCCCGCCCAGGUGAGCCCCGCCCAGGUGAGCCCCGCCCAGGUGAGCCCCGCCCAGGUGAGGCGCUCCGGCUCCUGGUGGGGGCGCCCUUCUUCUACGGGGGGGGCAGCGGCGGCCGCGUGGAUCUCUGCGAGCUGAGGGGACAGAGCCCUCACCUGCGCUGCCACCUGUCGCUGCGGGGCGCACCUGGGCAGCCCCUGGGGCGCUUCGGCGCCAGCCUGGCGCACCUGGGCGACCUGGACGGCGACGGGCGGCCCGAGGUGGCCGUGGGGGCGCCGCUGGAGGACGAGGGCCGAGGGGCGGUCUACCUGUUCCGGGGCUCACCUGGAGGGGUCAGCGCCGAGGGCGGGCAGCGCAUCCCGGGUUCCCGGUUCCCGUCCCAGCCCCGUUUUUUCGGCCAAUCCCUGAGCGGGGGUCGCGACCUGAGCGGGGAUCAGCUGCCGGACCUGGCCGUGGGGGCGCGCGGGCAGGUGCUGCUGCUCAGGUCGCCGCCGCUGCUCCAGGUGCGGCUCCAGGUGCGGUUCCAGCCCCGGGCGAUCCCGGCCGCCGCCCUGGAGUGUCCCGAGGGGGAGGAGCCACGGGCGCACCUGGCCACGGCCGAAAUCUGCUUCGUCAGCAGGAAAAUCACCCGCGACGCCUUCG